AUGAUGGACCGCCCUACUGGACCGCCGCUGGGAGCUGCGACUCAGUCGACCGGUCGACCGCAAAUGGAGAACGGCGUGGGACGACCACCUGCUUUAAACACAGCUCGAAGAAUCCCCAACACCGCCAUCAGACAUGAGCCAUCGAACUCGUCCUUGUCUGCGCAGACGAGCAUUUCCGCGAGCGAAGUUGUGGCACUGGCGAGAGAGGCGAUGCGCAACGCCCUGGAGGAGAACCAAACAAAGGCGGCCGAGACCAGCGGGGUCAGUAAUGAAUUGAAGCCAGGGGUAACGAUCGACCUGAGCCAUAAGCAAAUACAAAGGUUUCCCGAAGAAGUGGUGGAUAUAAUAAAAAAUGAAUUGGAAAGAUUAGCAUUGUCACACAACCAGAUCUCCACAUUCCCCUCUAGGUUCUCGGAGUGCAUUUCGUUGCGAUAUUUGAAUGUUCGCAAUAACGUCAUUCGAGAUUUUCCACAAUCAAUAUGCCAAUUGACCUCGCUCGAAAUAUUAGAUCUCGGCAGAAACAAGCUCAAGGUCCUGCCGCCAGAGCUUGUCAAGCUGACGUCUCUGAAAGUCCUCUCGGUACAAAAGAAUCGCAUCGAGGCAUUACCACUGUGUUUGGCGGAUAUGACAUCUUUGCAGGUCCUUAAACUAGACGGUAACCCUAUUCGAUUUCCUCCCAAAGAAAUACUACAACCUCAGACGACGACCCCACCAAACGGACGGUUUAAGGAAAACGAAAUCGAAAAUUACGCAGUGACUGUACAGAUCAAGAAAUUUUUGAAAUCAAAAGUGAUAACCGAUAGAUCGGAAACGGAAUCUGGCGGUGAAGAGUCAAGUGAAGGGACAGAGACGCCACGGCCUAUGAAGCGCGUUAUGAGUGGGAGAUUUCCAAUCAAGGUCAACGGUACCGAUGUGCCUGACCUGCGGUCUCCAGCCUUACCACGACCGCCUCCGAUACCUUCGAGGUCUCAUUUUCGCGGCCUAUCGCAACAAAAUCCAGCGCUUCGGAGACCAGAUGUUAUGCCUUUGACAAUUGGGAGUUCGAAUGAAAGAGUUCGAAGUAAUAGUGAAGGUCUUGUUCAGCAAGUUCGUCCAUCGGAUCGCUCGAGAAGAAUGGGAAUUGUUUCUAGUUCAAGGAAAGCGUCGGAUCUGGGUACAGUUGACGAAUCCAAAUCAAAUCGACACAGCCAUUAUAGAGGGCUGAGUCACGGAUCUGCUAUGGCCGGUGCCAAUGGGGCUAAUGGAAACGGCAAUACUAGAAGUCCUGCCAGUCCUGCAGACUCGGGACAAAGAGCAACGUAUGUCCGGCGGCUGUCUAGUCUACCGGAACGAAAAAGAGAAUCGUCUUCGCCAGAUCCUGUGAUUGAAGGCGCGAAGGGAAUCCUGUAUGCACUCUUCCAAGUUCAUCCACUUAUACAGAACCUCCUAGGUCUUGCAAGGGAUGGUACGAAUAAGCGCACCAGUCUGGAACGAGUUUUCUACAAUGCUACCACCCAUGUGGAAGAGCUCGAUCGACAUAUCCAAAAUUACAUUACGUAUUCCGAGGAAGACGAAGAGGCAUCGCCACGGUCGAACGAAAAUGUACAUCGUGCGUGUCUUACGAGUGUUCAGGCUUACAUUCAAGUCCUGGGUCUUCUUUCCACUAAUGUUGAAACGCUACUUGAUAACGGCGACCCACGUUAUAUCCGCACACUGCUUCUCCUCAUUUAUGGAAGCGCAGCAGAAGUCCGGAAUGCCGGUGCCGAUCUUUUCAGACAUGGACAGGCGCAUAAGCCAAGAAUUUCAGAGGAGGUUGAAGUUGAUGAGACUCUGCGGUUCCCUCCGCGAGAUAAGUCCAUCACUCCAACUCGAGAAAGGCCUGGCAUCUCUCUGCGAGCCAGAAGUGCUACGGCAAUCAACACGAGCAAUUUACGUAUUGCUACUAGCGGUCAUCCCACAUCAUUAUUACAGAACGCAGGUCGAUCGGUAACAAUGACCAGCGCUACUCCGCGUUCGGGUGAAUCUUUUGUUUCCGGCACCUCGAGCGACAGGAUGAAUCGGAAUGAAUUUAGUGAGGAAGAUCAGUUCUUUGAAAAGAUUUACCUGCGCCUCAAAGAAUCCUCUGAAAUGGCAGUCAAGGCACUGCCUAGAGUCAGUAGCCAUUUCGUACAGGCUAUGAGGCAAAGUUCGCAAAAGUCCAAUUCUGAUGUUCCUCAAUUUUGGAGUAACUUAAUCCACAAAUGCACGUUAGCGCAGCAGACUGCAGAGAAUUUGAAACAGAGAUUAUCUCAGAUCAGGCUGAGAGAGCCUGGCGUGAGGACUCAAGGACCGUUUUGGGAGCUUUGUAGUGCAUUCGUAUACACAUAUACGGAUCUUGUGGUUGGGGUGAAGGAAGCUAAAAACAGUACGAGCCUGUUACCAGUGGAGGUUAUUCUUAUUCUACGGCCACUACACAUUACUAUCAAAGAAACGAGUCAGCUCAUCCAAAACUCACCAUGGUCAUACCUCGCCGGGCCGCAAAGCUCAAACGGUGUUGCCAACGGCUCAUCGUAUAUCGCUCGAUCACCAGCAUCGCAGAUACCACUACCCAUGACACCACAAAGCGCGGCCCUCGGGCCGGCUGUGCAAGCCACAGUUCCUUCCACUCCUCAAAGCGCUUAUCCAAUGUUUCGUGGAGAAGUAUAUCAACGUGCUGAUUAUAUGACCGGCUCUGUGGCCUCAUCCCGGACGGGAACCAUGACAUCGAGUGUAGGAUCGACGAGCUCAACAUUGAGCACCAACGACGGGACUAUGACGCCCAUAUCACUCAUAAGCCCAGGGAACUCAUUCAGUUCCAUGGGCUCAAGAUAUAAUACUAAUGAAAAGAUGGCGGUCUCAAACGGGUUUUGA